GAGCCUCAAUGAGACUCUGUGAAAAGUCAAGUGUCUCCCUGUCCUCUCCAACCAGUAAAGAACUACUGCAAAGACCUCGGUCAUCAGAAGUAAUCAAACACAGAAAAAAACUCACACCAGAGGAUAAAGGGAAACCUGCUUCAGCCUGUAGGCAUACACACAAAUAUCUGCCACCUACAGAGACAUACACACCUCUUAAAGAUGACUCUGGACCAACAUCACCAGCUUCAGGUGCACGUCGAUGUGAAGAAACUGACAAACACAGUCCAGCAGGUGUCCCUGUCUGUGAGCGCUGGCUGUGUCUUCCUGAUGAGGUGUGGCUGUCCAUCCUGUCUCUGCUGCCUCACAGUGAUCUCAGCAGAGUGCUGCAGGUCUGCAGCCGCCUGCACACACUGGCUACUGAUCACACACUCUGGAGAAAUCUGAGGAUUGAAAACGCCACCCUGACGGAGCGGUGGUUGCUUUGUGUGGGCAGACGUCGUCUUCACUGUCUGAGUCUGUACAGCUGCAGUGGCCUGUCUCUCACCUCGUGUGGGCUGGAGAUGUUUUUCACUCUGUGUAGAAACUCUCUGGAGGAACUCAAGGUCACAAGUUGCACUGGUCCUGGUCUCCAUGGUGACCAGAUGCUGCCUCUGAUUGGCCAGCUGUGUCAUCAUAUGACCAGUGUGGACGUGAGCUGGAGUGGAGCAACGGACACAGGAGUGAAAGCUCUGAGUGACUGCUGCCCAGGGAUGCGACUAAAAUCUGUUGUCCUAAAUGGCUGUCAGGUCACUGAUGACCCACUGAUGAAGCUCGUCAUGAGACACAAAGAAAGUCUGUGCAGACUGGAGGUGUUUGGCUGUCAGUUCCUCUCUCCAUCUUGUCUGCAGACAGUAUAUGAGAUGUGUCCCGACCUCCAGCAUCUAAACAUCGGACAGGUGCCAAAAGUUAACGCACACAGUCUCACAGUGAUGAUAUCACGGCUCAAAUGUCUCAUUGUGCUAAAUCUCACUGGACUACAGGCAGUUACCGAUGCCAUAGUGGACACUUUGCUUCAGAACUGUGUUGAAAUUCAGAGUUUGACUUUGAGUUGCUGUCCAGGAGUCACUGACCUCACACUGCACAGCAUCAGCAAAUACACACCUUGUAUCAGAUCUCUGGAUGUGAGUGGCUGUAAGGCGGUAACAGAUGCAGGAGUUCAGUCUCUGGCUCUGGGAUGCAGAAGACUUCAGCAGCUCAAUCUCAGCUCCACUGGCACAGGAAACAGAGGGGUUACUCUACUGGCAAAUUACUGCAGCGGGCACCUCCAUACUGUCAAACUCAGUUUCUGCCACAUCACCUCAGAGAGUAUACUGAAGCUCUGCAGACGCUGCAAGAGGUUGAAGGUGCUCCAUCUCUACGGCUGUGCUCAUCUCCCUGCUGAGAGAGAGAUCAGAGAAGUUAACACUACUGUUAAAGUUUACCCUGUGACGUGACUCACACGCAAACAUCUGCACACAAAUGGACAGAUAUGCACAAUGUAUCAAAGACCAAAACUUGAAUGAGUAUUGGGAGAUAAUCCUAAA